CAAAAAAGCUGUUCAAUCCUUGAAGAUCCAAAACACCCAUUAACUUCCAAAGGCUUCGCGAUUCACGAACACACUCUCUCUUUGUCUGCUUGUGCGGGUGUUCCUUCUCAAGCAUCUCCUCCACAUAUCUAUAUCUCCAUGUAUUCAUUCUUAUUUUCCUAGCGACACAGAAUAAACAAUGAAAAUGAAGCUUCUUCUUAUGUCUCUCUUGCUUCUUAUUCUUCACGAACCCAUUUGGGUUCACGGGGUUCCUGUUUCCUCACCUCAAAUUAUACCCAUUACUCCACUUUCCACCUCCAUGCCUGCUAUCUCCCCAGGUACUCAGGUGGGGGAGGAGCACCACCAAAAAGAUUCGGACAAGAAAGUGAUAAUAGCUGUCGUUGUAGCCAGCACUGUACUUGGUGGAGUCAUUUUGAGUUUUUUAUGCUUCUGGUUUUGUCAUAGCAAGUAUCGGUCAAAAUCGAAUAGGAAAAAUGUUCAAAGCUCAGAUGCAGAAAAGGGGUUGACUGUAGCAAGAUAUUUGAGUGAAUUCAGUUCCAUCAAGAUAGUUGGUAUGAAGGGGUCUGUUCCAAUAAUUGAUUAUAAGCAAAUAGAAAAAACGACCAAUAAUUUUCAUGAAAGUAACAUCUUGGGUGAGGGUGGUUUUGGAUGUGUUUACAAGGCUCGAUUGGAUGAUAAUUUGGAUGUUGCCAUCAAGAAACUACACUGUGAAAGUCAGAAUGCUGGGAGAGAAUUUGAGAACGAGCUGGAUUUGUUAAGUAAAAUUCAGCAUCCAAAUAUUAUAUCUUUACUGGGUUGUAGCAUUACUGACGAUACGAGGUCUAUUGUUUAUGAGUUGAUGCAAAAUGGAUCCUUGGACGCUCAGUUACAUGGACCCUCUCAUGGCUCGGCAUUGACUUGGCAUAUGAGGAUGAAGAUUGCUCUUGACACAGCAAGAGGAUUAGAAUAUCUGCAUGAGCACUGUCACCCUGCGGUGAUCCAUAGAGAUAUGAAAUCUUCUAAUAUCCUUUUAGAUGCAAACUUCAAUGCCAAGCUGUCUGAUUUUGGUCUUGCUAUCACUGAUGGGUCCCAAAGCAAGAAGAACAUUAAGCUUUCAGGCACCUUGGGGUACUUAGCCCCGGAGUAUCUUUUGGAUGGCAAAUUGACCGAUAAAAGUGAUGUCUAUGCUUUUGGGGUUGUGCUCCUGGAGCUACUCUUAGGAAGAAAGCCUGUGGAAAAAAAGGCACCAGCUCAGUGCCAAUCUAUAGUCACAUGGGCCAUGCCGCAGCUCACAGACAGAUCCAAGCUCCCAAACAUUGUGGAUCCAGUGAUUAAGAAUACAAUGGAUCUCAAGCACUUAUAUCAGGUUGCUGCUGUAGCAGUGCUGUGCGUGCAACCAGAACCAAGUUACCGUCCCCUGAUCACAGAUGUUCUUCAUUCACUUAUCCCCCUUGUUCCCAUUGAGCUUGGAGGAACGCUCAGAGCUUCACAAGUGACACAGCAGGUCACUCCUGCUGAUCCACCAGUGAAUUCCAGUCAUCGUUAGAAACUAUCAAUCAGAUACAUGCUAAACGGUGAGAAUACAAUUGUGUUUUACCAAAGACUCCAAAUUAGACACAGCCAUGUCAACCUCACUGUUUAUGUAUUACACGCAAUUUAAUAGUUCUGCCUUGAAAUAUAAAGAUUCGUUCAUUCGGAAAGAUAUUUGGCUUAAAAGGGU